UUAAUCCCUUCGUGACCCUAUUGACCCUGGCGUUCCUCUGGCCCUCUGAGGAAGAGAGGCCUGGAUUCGAAGCGACGGUGGUCAUGACCACGUGGCGUGGUACAUGUAACCACCUAUACCAGAUGACUGUCAACUGGAAGAGAGACACAUUGUAAUCGUCUUACCCUCGUUGAGUUCUGCAAUACACAGUACGUGGGUCGUUCUCAUCAGAUCAUGACAGAUGCUGGUUUCUUCAGGGGCACUAGCAGUGAGCAAGAUGCUCGGUUCUACAACAAAGAGAAGAAACUCAAGAAGUCUCUCAAGUACCCUCCCAACAUUGGAGUCAAGAUUGACAUGGAGAAGGUGAACCUGGAUGUGAUUAAGCCAUGGAUCACCACAAGGGUUACUGAGCUGCUCGGGUUUGAGGAUGAUGUUGUCAUUGACUUUGUCUUCAACAUGCUGGAGAACCAUCAGUACCCAGACCCUCAGGACCUCCAGCUGAACCUGACGGGGUUCCUCAACGGCAAGAAUGCACGGGUAUUCUUGCACGAGCUGUGGGACUUGUUCAUAAGUGCACAGGAGAAUGUUGGGGGAAUCCCCUCAAAGUUCCUUGACCAAAAGAAAGAGGAAAUCAGAAUCAAGAAGCUUGAGCAGGAGCGUAUCUCAAGCAGUCUCCAGUCCCACACUGAGGCAGAGCGUGAGGUGUUGGAGAGGAGGCAGCGAGAGUUUGAGGAGAAGGAGGCUCAGCGUAGAAGAGACACCCCGAGAGGUCUCCUGCCCACUCCUGGGACUGAGCCAGGAAUGAAUCACCCUGACAACGAGCCAACUAACGAUACAAAUGGAAACAAGAGUGACGAUGUGGAGAAACCAAAGUCACCAUCUCCUAAAGUACAGAAGCCAUCCAGUCCAACCCUGUCACAUGAUAGACACAGCCCAUCACCUGGAAGAGAAGCAACUGUCACAAGGAGAAAAUCACCGGAUCAGCAAAAACGUGGCAGCAGGUCACCAGACACAAGGAGAAGAAGGUCACCUGACCAAAGAAAACGUGGCAGCAAAUCACCAGGCGCUAGGAAGAGGUCACCUGAUCAAAGAAAGCGUGGCAGUAGGUCACCUGACCAGAGAAAGCGCAGCAGUAGGUCACCAGGCGCUAGAAGGAGGUCACCUGACCAGAGAAAGCACGACAGCAGGUCACCAGACAUUAGGAGGAGGUCACCUGACCAGAGAAAUCGUGGCAGCAGGUCACCAGGCGCUAAAAGGAGGCCACCUGACCAAAGAAAUCGCGGCAGCAGGUCACCAGAGGCUAGGAGGAGAUCACCUGACCAGAGAAAGCGUAGCAGCAGGUCACCAGACAGGAGGAGGAGGUCACCUGACCAGAGAAGGUUUGGCAGUAGGUCACCAAUUGGGAGGAGAAGGAGGUCACCUGAUCAGAGGAUACAUGGCAGCAAGUCACCAGAUAUUAAGAGAAAGUCACCUGACCCGAAAAAAAGAUCACCUGAUCUGAAGAGACAACAAAAUAGAUCAUCACCCAUUCCCAGGAGGCGUGAUAACAGGUCCCCACCAAAACAUGGUCGCAGUUUCUCCAGGUCACCUCGGCGAAGGAGCCCCUUUUCAAAUGUGCGACGCAAGUACCCUCGGAGGUCAAGGUCACCAGUGCAACGUCGUCGGUCCUAUUCCAGAUCACCAGUUCCAAGGCGAAGGUCCCAUUCCAGAUCUCCACGCAGGAGACAGUCUCCAGGAUUUAGGAGAAGGUCUCCUGUGAGAAGUCAGCGGUCUCCGCCCCCAAGGCAUCGAGCCCACUCUCUAAGGAGCGGAAGAGGAGCGCCCUCACGUAUCAGAAAACGCUCGUUUAGCCGUACCCCUCCACACAAGAGAGCAGAGUACAAUAUUCCCACCAGUGACAGUGAGCCUGAAGGUGUUGCGAGUCCUGGGUCCACUUCCACUAGUGGGUUCAGUGUCGAUCUCUCGGAUCACGAACCCCUUGACAGGUCACGUGUUAGGAGGCGUGGCAGCAGAGAGGAUAGAAGAGAAAAGAACCAACGCCGCAGGACUCGCUCUCCUCCACUAAGACACCACUCCUCUGAAUACUCACGUUCUGACUCGCAGUCCUCUGUGGGAUCCCAUUCUAGAUCAAGCAGCUCAGAAGCUGAGGUAUUUCGAAAACAAUCUGGCAAAACAAGAAGUAGUAAACGUAGGCCUUCGCCCUCUCCUGAAGUAAGACGUCAUAAACGUGGCAGGUCGCCACGUAAUGAUAUGUCUUCCUCCGUAUCGGAACAUUCUAUGUCUCAGUCUUCAGAGCAUUCACGUUCUAGAUCCCCAACUCUGGUACGCAAACGAAGAGGCCAUAAACGAAGGUCAUUCUCACGAUCAUCAAGCCCCUCCCCCUCAUCACCUCCACGUAGGAUGAGGGGACGUAAGAGAAGGGACAUCAGUCGAAGCUCAUCAGCUGACAGUGACAGUGCGUCCAUGGAGAGAUCUCCAUUGCCACCUCCCGACAAGAAACGUAAGAAGCAUCACAAGAGAAAGCAUUCUGUUGAGGGGGAGUCCCCAUCUCCGAGGAAACACAAAAAGAAGCACCGAAAGAAGCACAAGAAGCACUCAAAAAAGUCAAAAAAGAAAUCGAAGCUUGACUCGGGUAGUGAGGGAGCUGUUAGAGAGGAAGCCCUGAGAGAAAGAGCUCUGCUGUCACUCAAGAAAGUUAAACACUGACACCUUAAUGAAUGAACAUCUUGCACUGUAUAUGUCAAGGGCGUAUCGCCGCCUUUCUUUUUAUAAGCCCUUGAUAAUAUAAGACUAUUGUACUGUACUUUAAAUUACUUAUUGUUCUUUCUUUACGUAACAGCCAAUUACCUAUAUACUACAUAUACUGUAUAUAUUAUUCUUGCAUUAUUUCUCAUGCACUCCUCA